GCUUCAAAACAUAAACGAGAAGAAUUUGCACGACAAGAUUGCAAGAAAGAAUCUCAAAAUGGACCUAAGAAAAUCAUGGCUGAUAUCUGAGAAUGAUUACAAGGAGGCAAAAAUAGCAGAAGUGAAAGAGUACACUGAGAAUAAGCAAGGCAGUGUGGCUCAAAAAAGUCCACAGAGUGACAACGGUGGUAAUUUCCCCAACUUGUUGAAAACAGGUCAGAAUAAGCGGAUAGCAAAUCAGUUACCUCCAGAAGAAUUUUUGCCGGAGGAUGUGCAACUUUUGCAGAGGAUGAAUAGAGUCCUUCAUGUGGAUAACAUUAAAAAAACAUUGGUCUGCGUGAAACUUGAAAAGGAUUACAAUCACCUUAAAGAUAAGAUUUCUGAAAUCGAAAGGGAAAAUGAAAAACGUCGUGAGGAAUCUAAUCUUCUACUUCAAAAUGCUCUGGAUGAAAUUUCUUCACACCAACUAAAAUCAGAGAAUUCCAAAGCUUGCAAACUUAAUCUAGCUGAUCUAAAAUUGAAUGAGGGUAAUCCAAACGAUAUUCCCGAGAGGCAAAAACUCAUAAAGGAACUACGUGAUUUGAAAUAUAUGAACGAGGAAUUGCAGCGUAAAGAAACUCAAGGGCGUCGCCAACUUAAGAUCUACGAAGAAAAGUACCAGUUUUUUGAAGAUAUAGUCCACAACAGUUCGAUAUACUUGGAUGAAUCUAAGAAGCAGUUGGACGCCUCGCUGUCUAAGAUCAAAAUGUUGGAAUCAGAGCUUGAAACCUGGAAGAAUUACUGCUUCGAAUACGAGGAGUUGGUAUUAGUUCAACACGACAGGCAGUUGCAAAAUGGGAUACGAUCAGAGCCAAAUGCAUCUUCUCAGAGAACCAGAAAUCAGCUUGAUCCAACCUUCAUUAAUAACGCAAUUUUCAAAUAUUUAAAACCCAAGGGAAAUCCCAACUGACAAUUUGCAAUCUUGCGUCCUUCAAAGUUAACAGACGUGUUACCAAACAAAGAUACAGAAAGUUACAUACGGAUAGGCGGGAUGAAACUCUUUUUCUCUUAUUUCGUUCAUUUGAUUGCAUGUUUUCGAUGGCGAGUGAUUUAAACUUAACAAACUCUAAGUUGGGCAAUGUCGAUAAAGUUUAAUAACUUUGAAGAUUGUUCCAAGUUACCAUUACCAAUUACCAUAUUUGCCCACUAUUUUGUAAAUGUUUAUUUUUAAUGCCACCAAUGAAACCCCAAUAAACUACAAGUUUCGUCCA